AUGACGAAAUCACUAAUUAUUCUGUUUAUUAUUUUAAUAUUUCUUUUUAUCUUUUUACCAUCAUUAAAUUGUUCAAUAUUGGAUAUUGGACAAAAAAAUAUUCAAAAAUCUUUAGGAACAUCAAUUCGAAAACCAAAUGUAACUAUAUUAAUGAUGUUUCCCGAUAUCGAUUAUUUUAUACCAAAUUUAAAAUCAUUACUUAUUGUUUAUGAAUAUAUUGUUCAUCGUUAUCAAAUAACAAAAUGGCUUAAUAUUAAUUUACAAGUUAAAGAUUCUAAUUGCUCGAUAUCUUUAGCACCUCAUAUGCUUGUUACAACAAUGCUUUCAACAAUUCCUGAUGUUGUUUUUGGACCAUUUUGUGAUUUAGCAGUAGCACCUGUUGCUCGUCUUCUUCAUUUUCAAAAUAUUCCUAUUGUUACAAUGGGAGCUGUAUCUAAUGAAUUUACUUUACAAAGAGAAACAAUGUAUUCAACAUUAUUUAGAUUUGGAUAUCGAACAGAUGAACUCGGUUCAUUACUUGUUAAACUUUUUCAAUAUUAUAAAUGGUCAUUUGUUAAAUUUCUCUAUGAAGAUACUCCUAAGCCUUGGCAUGAAUGUCAAGUAUUAUUACGACCAAUAGCACAUACAUUUGCAUCAAAUCAAAUUCGUUCGGAUAAUCGAAAAAUUACAAGUCAUGAUAUAAACGAUAAUUUUAAAUCAAUAUUUAUUGAUUUUAUUAGUAAUAAUGCAUCAGUUUCAUUAUGGUGUGUUAAUCCUCAAACAUUUCGUUCAGCUAUUUUAACAGCACAUCAACUUGGUUUUAUUAAUGGAGAAUAUGUUUUCAUUUAUCUUGAUACAGUUUUAACACAAGAAAAUACUGAUGAAAAAAGUUUAUCUGUAAGACAACCAUGGUAUGAUUCAAAUGAAGUAAAUAAUCAAAUAAAUGAAAAUGCACAUCGUGCAUUUGAAACUGUACUUUUUGUUCGACAACGUCUUUAUACAGGUGAACGUUUUCGUCGUUUUGCUGCUAAUGUUGUUGAUUUUGCACGUGAAACAAAUCGAACAAAAUAUUUAAUACAUGAAACAAUUGGAACAGAUGAAACAAAUUUUUAUGAUGCAGUUGUAACCUAUUUUAAAGCUUUAAAAACACAUUAUACAAAUAUAAAUUCACAAGAUAUAUUAACUAAUAGUGAAACAAUAAUAUAUCCAUCAUUAGAUGCAAAAAAAUUUAAAACAAUUAUUUGUAAUCGUUCAAUUGAAGGUGUUAAUAAAAAUAUAACAAUGAAUCAAAUUUGUGAUCGUAUUGAUAUUGGUUAUACUAUUUUUGAUAUGGAUCCAGAUACAGGAGAAUUAGAGGCUGUUGUUGCCUAUCCAAAUGAACAAUUUUCAACUGAAAAUAAACAAUUACAAUGGUUAAAUGAAUCUCGUCUUAUUUAUUUUAUUGAUAAAAAUUCAACAUUUAUUCCUGAUACUCCACGUUGUGGUUUUAAUAAUCUUAAAUGUCCUGAAAAGACUCUUAUUCCAAUAUGGGGUUGGAUUAUAAUUAGUCUUUUAUCAAUUAUUGUUCUUCUUAUUAUUAUUGGAUUUAUUUUAUAUCGACGAGCAAAAUUUGAAGCAGAAUUAAAAGCAAUGCAAUGGUUAAUUAAAUGGGAAGAAUUAUCUGGACGACCAUUAUUACAUAAUAAUGUUGCAACACCAUCAUUUCAGAAAGUUUCACUUUCUCAAAAAAGAAGUUCUAUUUCAACUCAUCAUUCUGAUGAUAGUGAAAUAGAUGUUCAAACAAGACAAACAUUUACAAAAACAGCUAUUUAUAAAUCAUCAGUUGUUGCACUUAAACGUUUUCAUAAAACAAAACUUGAAACAACACGUGCUUUACAAUUAGAAGUUAAAGCAAUGCAAGAUUUAACUCAUGAUCAUAUAGCUCGUUUUAUAGGUAUUUGUAUUGAUCCAAAACAUCAAUAUAUUGUUACUGAAUAUUGUCCUAAAGGAAGUUUACAGGAUAUUCUCGAAAAUGAAGAAAUUAAACUUGACACCAUGUUUAAACAUUCCAUUAUGCAUGACAUUGUUAAAGGUAUGCAACAUAUCCAUAAUAGUCAAAUUGGAUCACAUGGUAAUUUAAAAAGUUCAAAUUGUGUUGUUGAUAGUCGAUUUAUUUGUAAAAUAACUGACUUCGGAUUACCAACAUUACGGUCAAAUACAAAUCGAGGUUCACCACCACCGGGUGUUGUUAAAGAUUUUGCAUUUUAUAAAAGUCGUUUAUGGACAGCACCAGAAUUAUUGAGAGAUUCAAAUCCACCAGCUGCAGGUACAGCUAAAGGUGAUGUAUAUAGUUUUGGAAUUAUUUUACAAGAAAUACAAUUACGUAAUGGACCAUUUUAUUUACGAGAUCGUGAAUUAGCACCGGAUGAAAUUGUUAAAAGUGUUAAAGCAGGCAGUUUACUUCGACCAAGUAUUGAAGUUGGUGAAUGUAAUAUUGAAAUCGGUCAAUUAAUGAAACGUUGUUGGUUAGAAGAUCCAAAUGAAAGACCAGAUUUUACGGGUAUUCGACAAAUUAUGCGUCGAAUAAAUAAAGAUCUUGAAAGUGGAAAUAUUCUUGAUAAUUUACUUAAACGUAUGGAACAAUAUGCAAAUAAUCUUGAAGGUCUUGUUGAAGAACGUACAAGUGAUUAUUUAGCUGAAAAGAAAAAAGCAGAAGCUUUACUUUAUCAAUUAUUACCAGCAACGGUUGCUGCUCAAUUGAUGCGUGGUCUACCAGUAACAGCUGAAUCAUUUGAAAGUGUUACAAUUUACUUUUCGGAUAUUGUUGGUUUUACUUCAUUAUCAUCUGAAAGUACACCAUUACAAGUUGUUGAUUUAUUAAAUGAUCUUUAUUCUGUAUUUGAUGCUGUUACGGAAAAUUAUGAUGUUUAUAAAGUUGAAACAAUUGGUGAUGCUUAUAUGGUUGUUUCUGGUCUACCAAUGCGUAAUGGAGAUUUACAUGCACGAGAAAUAGCUCGUCUUUCAUUAUCUCUUCUUAAUGCUGUACUUAAUUUUCGUAUACGACAUCGACCUGAUAAAAAAUUAUUAUUACGUAUUGGUAUACAUUCAGGUCCAUGUGUUGCUGGUGUUGUUGGUUUAAGAAUGCCUCGAUAUUGUUUAUUUGGUGAUACUGUAAAUACAGCAUCUCGAAUGGAAUCAAAUGGUAAAGCAUUACGUAUUCAUGUAUCAUCAAGUACAAUAGCUAUUCUUCAAAAAUUCGGUACAUUUGAACUUAAAUUACGUGGUGAUAUUGAAAUGAAGGGCAAAGGAAAACAACGAACGUAUUGGUUACUUGGUGAACAAGGUGGUUUAAGUGCUCAACAUAGUUUGGUGAAUUGGGAUGAUGAAACUGUUGAGGAGCAUUAA